UCUUUUCUUUCUUUCCGGUUUAGGACUCUGUCAAGUGUGCUUGUUCUCGAAUCCGAGCUAAGGCCAAAUUUUUUAAUAAAAUUUACAUUUAAUUUUUGGCAACUUGCACCAAUUAUUAAAUAAAACAUAAAUAAAAAAACAUGUCUACCAAAGCUGAACUCGCUUGCGUCUACGCCUCCCUCAUCUUGGUUGAUGAUGAUGUUGCCGUUACUGGUGAAAAAAUCUCCACCAUCUUGAAGGCCGCCAAUGUUGAGGUUGAACCCUACUGGCCCGGUUUGUUCGCCAAGGCCUUGGAAGGUAUCAACGUUAAGGAUUUGAUCACCAACAUUGGCUCCGGUGUCGGUGCUGGUGCCCCCGCUGGCGCUGCUGCUGCCGGUGGUGAUGCCGCCCCUGCCGCUGGUGAAGCCAAGAAGGAAGAGAAGAAGAAGGAAGAAGAACCUGAGGAAUCCGAUGACGAUAUGGGUUUCGCUCUCUUCGACUAAAUUGACAGAAUUUUACCCACCCAAACUAAAAAUACCAGGACUAAAUGCUGCUUUUUUAUUUCACUAUCAACAACAAGAAGAAAAGUGUAUGUUUUAUAAAUUUCUCCAGUGGAGGAAGAUAAUAGACAUGUUUUAAGUGUUUUGUACACGUUUUAAUGUACAAAUUUAUUUUAAAAUAAUAAAAAAGUAACAUUUUUUCUAAAAAAAA